AUGCAAACAAAAACAUUUACCACAAAAGAAUGCAUCUCUAAACCGUUGGAUGUUAUUCAACAUUUUCUUGACAAAAUUCCAGAAUGUUCUUUAGUACGUUUUCGUGCAAUGGUACAAAACAAUAACUUUGAUUAUGAGAUUUAUAUGAGUAAAUUUGAAAUUAUUGAUCAAAAUGGUAAUAAGAAAACAAAGUUCUGUAAAUAUUCUGACGAAUUUGAACAAGAUAUUGGCGGUGAAUUUCAUAAUCCAGAUAUUAUUAAUACUUCAUCAUCGUCGUCUUCAAAUUCAUUUGAUGAAAGACAAUUGUAUUAUUGCGUUUCUGUGCCAGGAGAAUCAUCUUGGAAUUUACACGAACAUAUUGACACAAGUCUAGAAGAAUCUACAGCAAAUCUUAAUUUGAAUAAUAGUGAUGAUGAAAAGACAAGUAGAGAUGACAGGAUGAGUGAUGAUGAGAUGAAAAAAGUUUCUGCUAAAUUUCCAUUUCCUAAUGAAAAUCAUGUUGGAGCCAUAAUUAAAAUUUAUGAAAAUGAAAAUAUGUUAAAGGUUACAGAUGUAGUAGAGUUUAUUGGAGUUUUUAAUCAUCCAAGGUAUUAUAAUUAUAAUUCAUUGGGUGUUGAUGUUGAUGAUCCAACAAAAUUGGUCAUAGUUCCAUCUAUUCAUGCAAUUUUUUAUAGAAAUCUCCAUCCUUCAGGAAAUCCAAAUUUAUCGUCAAAUAUUAUUACACAUUUAACACCAGAAUUGAAAGUCAAUGUAUUGUCAAUAAGAAAGUUUCUGAUACAAUAUAUAUCUUCCGUAUUUAACGGUGAUGCUUUGGUAGCAGAAUUUGUCUUGCUACAACUACUAUCCAGAACAUUUAGUAGGCACAAUGGAAUUUCUUUAGUUGGCAAAUUAGUAUUAAAUAUUAGUAAUUUACCAAAAUGCAAAGUUACAUCCACUGAACAACAACAACAUCCAAAUAUAAAACUUAAGCAUGACAAUGAUUUUGCUAAAAAUAUUGCAACAAUGUUAUCAUCAUUACUGCCAAAAUAUCAUGAUCUCCCACUUACACUAUCCUCACUCAAUACCAACUAUUAUUAUCCGCGUAGUGAUCAUGUAUUAGAUUCUGGCGUUUUUCAAGUUAGUAACGGAACAUGGUUUUUAAUUGACGAGACAGUUUUGGAUGAGGGGAAAUUGAACACUAAUGGAGUUAAUAAUUUUCAAGUUUUAAAUGAAAUAAUUAAUGAUCAAAAACUUCGAUAUAAUUAUCCUUUUUAUAACUUUGAACUUGAGACAGAUAUUGGAAUCAUAACCUUAUCAAAUUCAAAAUCAUUAUUACCAUUUGAUUGUACCAUUCCACUGAAUUUAAAAUUUGAAGAUGAUGAUACAGCAAACUUGAAUUUAUUUGAAGGAGAAGAAAAGGAUGAAGAAGUUCUUUUAAAGUUCAGAAAUUUCAUUAGUAUUCAAAGGUAUUCUGAUUAUACUAUUCCUGAAAAUGUUUCAGAGUACAUUCAAAAAGAUUUCCUAAGUCAACGUCAACGUCAAAGUCAAAGAUCUUCAAAUAAUGACAAUAAGUUAUUCUUAUCUUCGGAAGACUUUAUGCUACGUAUGACUUUAGCGAGGUAA